CGGUACAAUGACUCCUAACAAUUUUCCGGGCAAAAUAAAAUAUAGAAAGAGAAAAAAUUGAAACAGCCCCGCCCAAAAGUUUUUGCAUAAUUUUGUUUCCGAUUAUCCGAAGAGUUUUACCGAUUUCCGACGAAUUAAACGCCGGAACUUGACAGCAUGCCGCCGGAAGAAUCAGUUUCGAAGUCACUUCUCGACAAGCCGCUUCAGCAACUUACUGAAGAUGACAUUUCUCAGCUCACUCGCGAAGAUUGCCGCCGUUACCUCAAACUUAAAGGGAUGAGAAGGCCGUCAUGGAAUAAAUCACAGGCGAUUCAGCAAGUGAUAUCACUAAAGGCUCUCCUUGAGACGGCGACAGAUUCCGACGCCGGCACUCGGAAGAAACUUUACAUUCCUCGCUCCGAAACUAAGUUACACCAUGUCCAGAGAGGGAAAAAUACUGAUGAAGAAUUUAUUGAAUUGGCUGAAGAGACAGUGCCUGAUGGAAGAACACUACAGGAUAAAGCUGAUCUUUCCGGCGAUGCAUCUCCCACUCUGGUUGCUGCUAUUGAUAAAUCAGCUCCUUCUAGAACAAUAGGUUCAGUAGAUACAUCAGCAGGACAAAUGACAAUCUUCUACAGCGGCAAGGUGAAUGUCUAUGAUGAUGUGCCUGCUGACAAGGCACAAACAAUCAUGUGUGUUGCUUCAAGCUCCCUUUGUGUGCCUUCAGAAACUCCAUUGAAUGCUACUGUAGCAGCUCGACAUUCAACAUGCUGCUUACAGCUUGCAACUACUAAACUACGCCCAAUUUCUGAUAUGGUACUUCUGCCGACUAUUCAAACAGAAGCAGUAGAAAACCCCUCAAGCAGGAAAGCAUCAGUACAGAGAUAUCUUGAGAAGCGAAAAGACAGGUUCAAGUGCAAGAGAAAGGUAGAAAUAACUUCAACAGUUAGCUUGGAUAUCCAUUUAAAUGAUCGAACGGGAGCUCUUAGCCCAAUGGAGCACUCAAGUAGGUCUGAUCUUUGCUUUCCGCCCCUCAUUAGACUAUCUUCUGCACCUACACCAAGUGGUCCCAUAGAAGAAACUAUUCAGAUGAAUGCUACUUUUUCUAGUGGUCCCAAUGACAGAGGUGAUGUUGUUUAUCCCUUGAACAACCUCACUAUUUUUGUGGUCAUAGUACUUUCAAAUGUUCAACACUAAUGUUUUUUCUUUUUGCUUCUUUAAUUAGUCUGUGCAUGAUAUAGAGAUUUGUUAUUGACUGAAAACUUUCCCAUCAUUUAGGAAGUAAGUGUUAUUGCUUCAAAACAAUAAAAUACUCAUAGCUUUCAUAAGAACCAGGUCGUUAAUCACAAAAGUUGCAUUUUAGCCUCUGAAUCUGUUCUUUCUAAGCUCCUCAAUGAUUCUUGUUGGCCAACCGAAUUGCAAGAUAGCAUCCGACUUCUGUGUUACUGACUGUUGAAAGACAGCUAUUGCCUUAUUGAACCAACUGUCCUCCCUUUAGUGUUGUAUUGUAAGUAAUUAAAUAGUGAAUACAGGACCGAAUAGCUCAUUGAGUGCAUUCAUCCUUGUUUGCUUGAGAUCUCCUAUAAUAUAUCUCAUUUGUUCUUUGCUAGAUGCCAUUACAACUAGAAGAAUUGAGUAUUUACUAUACUAGUCAUUUUCUUGCUUGCGUCUCCUUAAAACAGUCUCACAAGAACUGUGCCAACUUCCAUCUCCACUCAGCCAUUUCACCAUAAAAGAUGAAAUAUAUGAAACAUUUAAAUCAGCCAAGUGUUUGAUACAUUUUGUUGCUUUUCAGAUGUUAAAGAAUGAACAUUGGAUAUGGUCAGGGACGCACAACAGAUAUCGAUUUUGUCUUCAUCUGAAAUUUUUGGAGGCCACAACAUGUUCUAGCCUCUUGAUAGUUAAAUGAAGUAGGAUGCUGGUAGCCCCCUUUUGUUCACCAAUAUAUGUAAAAAAUGCCAUUUCUAUUUAGGCUAUUUUCUGUACUCAUGUAAAUGAAGAGAGAACUAGUGAGAAAUAGUUAUCCGCCAUGCGGUGUUUGUGCUUUCAAAGUAUUUUAGGAGCAGUCUGCAUUUUUUGCAUUAACUUUUAGGCAGUAUCAAUUCCAUAUUGCUGGAACCUGUUCUCAGUAGCCUCGCUAACUUGGAAUAAUAUACCCAAUUUUAU